CCGCCGGAGCCGGAACCAGAGCCAACAUUACCGUUCGACUUCCACCGCUUCCUGGGCCAGCUGAGACAUCGCACGGCGGAUCCAGUCGCACGCUUUCUGCGCUCGUUCAUCAGUGAAUUCGGUAAGAAGCAGUGGAUGGUUCACGAGCAAGUGAAAAUCAUCUCCGACUUUCUCGAGUUCAUUUCGACGAAGAUGGCGCAGUGCGAAGUCUGGCGGACGGUCUCCGAAGCCGAGUUCGACAAUGCCCGGGAAGGCAUGGAGAAGCUCGUCAUGAACCGCUUGUAUUCCCAAACAUUCUCCCCUGCCAUCCCAUCCGCACCGGGCAGUCCGCGCAAGAGUGGGAAGAGUGGACGAUCGCAGGCUGAUGCAGCCAACCCUUUCGGUCCAGGCCGGCGAGGGCAGCAUCAGGAGGACGUUGAGCGUGACGAAGUCAUUGCGCAGAAAAUGCGAAUCUACGGCUGGAUCUCCGAGGAGCAUCUGGACAUUAAGCCUAUCGAAGAGAAAGGGCGGAAGUUUAUGGGCUUAGCGCAGCAAGAGCUGCUGAAGAUCAACACCUAUCGAGCGCCUAGAGACAAGGUCAUCUGCGUGCUCAAUUGCUGCAAAGUCAUAUUUGGCUUUCUCAAGAAUGCCAAAGCCGAUCAGUCGGCGGAUGCAUUCGUGCCGCUACUGAUAUAUACUGUGCUACGAGCGCGCCCUGAGCAUCUUGUCAGCAACGUACAGUAUAUUUGGCGCUUUCGAAAUCAGGACAAGUUGGGCGGCGAAGCAGGCUAUUACUUGUCAUCCUUGAUGGGAGUAGUGACGUUUAUUGAGAACUUGGACCGCACGAAUCUCACGAUCUCUGACGAAGAGUUUGAGCGGCAUGUGGAGCAGGCUGUUAGCGCUAUAGCGGAGAAGAACAAGGAACAAGACUAUGAAGAGCGCCUGAGCCCGCGACGAAAUGUGAGCCAGCGGCUGAGCGAGAAGGCUCAGCCGAGCGCUUUGAGCGACGACGAUGACGAUGAUACGGACGCUGUUACUGGGCUUUUACGGACGAUACAGAAGCCCCUAAGUAGUAUCGGGCGGAUAUUUUCGGAUGAUGCCGCCGCCCACUCAAACUCCCUUAGACUGGCACAGCCAACGCAGCGAAGUCAGCAGCGACAGACGGAAGAUGCGGCGGCUCGGCAGGCCAGCGCUGAAGCUGCUGAGGCGCAAAGAGUGAGAGCCAGGGAGCAUCAAGUGGUUGUGGAAACACUACAGAGCAUGUUUCCUAACCUGGACAAAGACGUCAUUGAAGAUGUGACACGGGCGCAAGAAGGUAACGUGGGUCGAGCGGUGGAUGCAUGCCUGGCGUUAAGC